UUGAGAUGUGUCACUGUGAGUGUCACACAGUCCAGAGAUUACAGGUGACAGGUAGUGCACACCCGACGGUUCCCACAAGCACUUUAUUUUGAACUAGGCACCGAUGUCUGAACAACAACUUAUUUUGUGCAGCAGGCUACACGUUUUCUCCUGCAGGGUGAACACAGCUUGUUGAAUCAAAUUGAAAAGUAAGAUUUAAAAAAUGGAAGAUAUAUUAUUUGACUUGGAUCAAGAUGGCACUACAGACUUUGCCUUCUGGGGCCAGAUGGACCCUAACUUCCAGUUCCAGGCCCAGUUGGACACUCUCCUCUUUGACUGCACCGCGGUCACGGGCCAGCUUUCGCCCUGGUCCUCGUUCGGUGGCCAGUCCAUGUUUCCUGACGCACAGAUGACCUUCACCGACCUGGACUCGCAGUCUCCCGGCCUUGGAGCCAGUGCUGAAGUGGACAGCUCCUCUGUGGACGAGCCCCACGAGAUGAGCAAGCGCAGGCAGCGGCGGUUCGUGCCCCAUCAUCCGUACAAGAUCCAGCGACACGCCGCUAACAUCCGGGAGAGGAAGAGGAUGCUGAGUAUCAAUUCUGCUUUCGAAGAGCUAAGGUGCCACGUGCCAACAUUUCCCUAUGAGAAGCGCCUGUCUAAGAUUGAUACACUGAGAUUGGCCAUUGCCUACAUUGCCCUCCUGAGAGAGAUACUGAUUUCCGGUUGCGACCCCAAGUCGUACGUGGACGAAUGCAUGAAGAAUGGUUACAAGAAUCAAACCAAUGCCAUUUGGAACACAAGCGAUCUGACAGCCCGGCUCUCAUGGAUAAAGUGGGAUUAACUCAGGAUGGAGCAACCCAAGUACGUUGGACAGGGGGCUGCUGGCGGGGGAUUUAUAACCCCCUUCUGUCUUUGUUUCAAUGGCAACAUCACAUCAGGGGCUGAGUGACAUCUGCAGACUUCAUAUCAGUUCAUGCACCUUUCUCUGCAGCUAGCCACUCCCCUCACAGCCUUUAAUAUUUGAAUGUGGUAAUAUUCGAUUGGUAAUGGAGUGGCAGUGUUUUUCUGGAGUUGCCUGUUGUUUUACAGGGGAUGGGGGACCGGGGCCAGACUUAAGCCCAUGGGGAUGGCAUUUCUCACAGGAGACAGAAGCAGCCUGGCAUGGGACCGAACGAACCUUGGUCAAACUAUUUUUUCUGAGUGUAAUACUGAAGUGCCCGUGUGUUCAUUUGAAACCAUUAGCUGUUGUUCAUUGUGUGUGACACCCAAAUUUCCCGUAAGUUAAUUUAACCUAAUUAAUUUAUGUAUUUAUUUCAUUUGUUUAUUUAUUUAUUAAUCAUCGAAGAAGAAAAAAAAUGUUGUUAUUAUUAUAAUUAUUUAUUUAACUGUUUUCAUUUUGAUGUGUCGAGCUGUUUAAACUGUAUCUUUAAUCAAUUGACAAUCAUACAUGAUUUAUUAUGUUGUCAAAUGGAACGUUUUGAUAUUCAUGAUACUUAUUAUGAAUAUAUGUUGUUUUUGUAGUGUCUGUGAGUAUAUUGCGGUGAAACUGUAAGGACUGGUGAAUGGAUUUGUACUCAAUGCCAAAUCAGGGAAUUUCUAACACACUGGCCGUGUGCGAAUGCCCAUACCUGCAUCCUAAAUAGUAGGCCAUUUGAGCAGUGGUGUAGAGGUGCCUGUAGAAGGGGGCAUGCUCUAAUUUUGUCCAAAAUCUCUGAAUGGCCUAAAAUGAAAAUUCCCAUAUUGUGCAAGUAGGCUAAUACAGUAGGAGGGCUACUACUGAAAUAUAUAAAUGAGACUUUCAUCUGAGUCAGAAGUUCACAGGUUUCAGAUUUCCCAAAUUUGUUUCAGGUUUUCACACUCAAAUAACACUUUUAAUAGAAUAACAAGAAAAUUGGGGCCCCCUGGGUGGCGCAGCGGUCUAAGGCACUGCAUCGGCGUUACUGCAGAUCCGGGUUUGAACCCGGGCUGUGUCAUAGCCGGCCGCGAUCGGGAGACCCAUGCACAAUUGUCCCAGUGUCGUCUGGGUUAGGAGCGGGUUUGUUUGGCCGGGAUGUCCUUGUCCCAUCGUGCUCUAGCGACUCCAUGUGGCGGCCGGGUGCAUGCACGCUGACUUUGGUCGCCAGCUGUACAGUGUUUCCUCCGACACCUUGUUGCGGCUGGCUUCCGGGUUAAGCUAGCAUGUGUCAAGAAACAGUGUGGAUUGGCUGGGUCGUGCAACUCCGUACAGGAGUUGGUACAAUACUGUAACAACCAAUUGGAUAUCAUGAAAUUGGGGUAAAAAGUACCAUUUAUUAUUAUUUUUAUGUUCUAAGUCCACAAAAAUUCUUAAACCACAUAAUUUCAUACAUUUAGAUUUUUGAGUGAAGCUACACUUUAAUUCAACUGUGCAGGCAAAUAAUCAUGAUAUCAUUCUGCAAGAUAGGCAUAGGCUACUUUGUAGCUAGUUAACACUUACAGUGCAU